AUAAAAAUGAUGAGGAAGGUCAGAAAAAAAUUGUAUGAACCUGAAAUUUUGUUCUUUUCAAUUUCGUGAAAAAAAAAUGGGGAACAAAAUCCAGUGCAAAUUAUAUAAGCAAGCUUUGGUUACAUAUUAAACCCGACAUAAAAGUUGGCUCUGAUCUUAUUCCACUUCCUUCCCCUCACUCAAACCGGAUUCCUCUACACACACACACACACACAGAUACACCUCAAAUGUCAGCUUAUGAAAAUAUAAUCAUUUGUAAUCAUUUGCCCUUCACCCUUUAGCAUACUGUUAAUGACUUCCGGCAACGAUUUCCCUGGGCUCUUUUUGUUCUGAGUGUGUAUUUUUUGGGGGUGAAUUAAUGCUGCUGUGUUGCGGUGGCGGUGGCGGUGCUGGCGGUUUAGUGAUGUGAAAGGAUUUAUGAAAUGAGUUCUUGGUUUUGUUCUCUGUGGAAUUGAACAAUUGAAGCUUUUUGGGAUUCUGGGCUUUUUUUGAGUUUUUGUUACUGGAAAAAAAUGGGUAAUAAGUUGGGGCGGAGGCGGCAAUUGGUCGAUGAGAAGUACACGAAGCCUCAAGGGUUGUACCAACACAAGGAUGUGGAUCACAAGAAGCUCAGGAAGCUCAUUCUUGAUUCCAAGCUUGCACCUUGCUACCCUGGUGAUGAUGAAUGUGGUGCUUCUGAAUUGGAAGAAUGUCCCAUAUGCUUCUUGGUUUGUUUCUGCACAUCCUUUCUUGUUUUGUGGGAGUUCAUGUUGUUCAUAUAUAUUUGACUUUGUUAAUAGUUCUGUCUUUUAUCAACAAGAAUCAAGUAUAGUACCUGUGAUUAGGGCCAUGUUAAUUAACUUCCGGGGAUAGUAAUUGUUGGGUGGAAAAAAGUAUCCAUUUUGUUAUGGAUUCCUUUUUGUGAUGGAUUAGGGAAAUUGGAAAAGUAUCCAUUUGAGAAUUCUCCUGUUUGGUUCUUGUGAUGUUCAGUGCUCUUAGUUUUUACUUCGUCGUUGCAGUGUAUAUCUUUCUUAUCGUGUUGUGCAUAGGAAUGAUUCUCUAUUACUGUGUGUUUUUUCUUCUUUUCAAUCGAGGGAUGAAGGAAAAGAUAAGCCUGGUUUGCAAGGAAGACUGUGUUUAUGUUCUAAGAAUAGUGAACUUAUUUCGUUUCAAGAACAGAUUUGAUCAGAGUUAAGGAAAAGAUAAGAAGAAAAGGGUUUUGGGUAAAAUAUCUGGGUGACUUUUAGCAACAGCAAUUUUGUAUGGAUUUAAUUUUUCUCUCUUACUUUCCUGGUGAACCAUAUCUGAAGUUGGCAAGAUUGUUACAGCUUACUUGCAAAUUUUUGUUAACACUGUUUGUGAAUUCUUUGCUUUCUAAGGAUAAAUUGCAUUUGAAUUCAAAAAACGUUUCACUCUCUCUUUUUUCUAACUUGACUAUACAUUUGCAGUACUAUCCCAGUCUGAAUCGUUCAAGAUGUUGCCUGAAAGGCAUUUGCACAGAAUGUUUCUUGCAGAUGAAGACUCCUAAUUCAACUCGCCCAACACAGUGUCCAUUCUGUAAAACCUCAAAUUAUGCUGUGGAAUACCGGGGGUCCAAAACAAAAGAGGAAAAAGGAUUGGAGCAAAUCGAAGAACAGCGAGUUAUCGAAGCCAAAAUAAGGAUGAGACAGCAAGAACUCAUCGAUGAAGAGCAGAGGAAUCUGAAAUGCAGAGACGUUAGUUCUUCAAACAGUACCGUCGGAGCAAUUGAGACAGCAGCUCCAUCAUAUAAUUUAGUGAUGGAGGGUUCUGCUGUGGAAGGUGAUGAAAUUGUUGCUUCUCAGGAGUCAUGUACGGUGCCAGUUACCAGAUCAGUUCGUCCAAGGCAGAAUAGUUCCAGGGAGGAUGAAUUUGACCUGGAUCUUGAGGACAUAAUGGUCAUGGAAGCCAUUUGGUUGUCCAUUCAGGAAAAUGGCAGACGGAGGAAUCCAGUCUACGUUGAGCCAGCUCCAGAGGAACAGUAUGUGGCUGAAGAGCAGUGCAGCUCGGCAUCAAUGGCUCCAGCUGCAGGAUCUUCCUCCUCCCCUUCUGGCGGUCUUGCAUGUGCCAUUGCUGCUCUGGCUGAACGCCAGCAAAUGGGUGAUGAGACCUCCAGUAGCUAUCAAGCAAGCAUGUCUGCGUAUAACAUGAUGCCUGGAUGCUCGGAUCGUGAUACAGUGCAUUUUCCUGCAAUGGGGAGUUCCGUUGAGAUGUCGCCUGAUAUGCAAUUGCCAAAUGCCACAGGUGAUAGGGAGUGGAUUGAUGAUAAUAGAUCAGAGAUUGCCGAUGUGGGAACCAGCUAUGCGAGUUCUGAUGAUGUAGCUCAAACAUCAAUUCAUCAUGAAGAUGAAUCUGGCAAUUUCCAGCCAAUGGGUGGUCCUAUUGUUCCCGAGAGCUUUGAGGAGCAGAUGAUGUUAGCCAUGGCUGUUUCACUGGCUGAAGCUCGGGCCAGAGCGAGCCCACCUGGAGCCGCAUGGAACUAGUAUUGCUCUCUUUCCGCUCGUCAAGUGACAAAUGCUCUGUUCAGUGGCUGGUGUAACUGAUUCCGGUGAUUGUGGCCGGUGUCUGCUAUGGUUGAAAGAGCAAAAGAAUUGCAGCUGCGACGGCUUGUGAUAUUAUGUUCAUCUCAUCAUCUUUUAGCUUUGACCAUGGCAAUGUUACCAUCAUAUCAAAAUGGCUUGGUGUUGAUCUGUUCCCCCUUGUUUUUCAUAUAGUAUUGUGUUCAUAAGUAGUGAUCUGGUCCUCCAAAUUUUGUUGAUAAUUAGUGCUUCAUUUUCCAAAUGGUUUUACAAAACAGUGAAUUUGAAAGGGAAAUAUGGCUGGUGCGGGUUGGAGAAAUUGAAUUUGGGCCUGAACUAUUGGGAAUCUAAGGAGAGAGAGAAAAGAGAAAUGGUUCGAGCCCAUGUUUUCCGAACGAGUGACCACGCUGGGCCAAAUUUUCCUAGGGCCGUUGAUGUCUACUGACCUGCCUGAUUAGACAUUCUUCCGUGAUCAUUCAUGAAGAUAGAAGAAGAUUGAAAAUAGGGGAC